AUGGCGACUCUCGAUUCGGUGCAAAUUCUCUCCGAGGCGGCAUUCGGCUGUGAACAUCUUGCUGCAUUUCUCUCCAAGGACGAGAAGACUGCUGGCCAGUUCAAGAAUGAGUUUCGCAAGCAUGACAGGAUGCUGGCCCCGUACUCCAAGACCGAGACGGUUGCCGUUCCAACUACCGGCCUCCGAACAGUCGAGUCCUUGAAGCCAAAGUAUCACUGCCUGAGCUGCUCAGAAAUUUGCUUGAGUACAAAACGAAAGGCUCAUACCUCGGAGACCGGACAUCAGUUUUAUAUGGAAUCACGCAGCCGCUAUCUCUUCUGUGAAAGCUGCAAAGAUUUCAUUUAUGACCAUGGUCUGGACAGAAUCCGCGGUCCAUCAGGAAAGUUUGAAAUCGGUGGUCGAGCUAUUUGGGCCGAGGACUCGGCCUCCGAGGUGUAUGUCAAAAACAACGCUUACAAGAACCCAUGCAUGAAACGAGGCGCUCGUGGCGUCUGGAACAUGGGUCAGACCUGCUACCAAGCCGUCAUUCUCCAAGCCCUCCUCCAUGAUCCAAGUCUCAAUGCCUAUUUCCUAGCGGGUGGACAUGACGUCCACACAUGCCAGAGGCCAUCUUGUCUUGCCUGUGCGACCGCCGAGGUAUUCACCGAUUUCAAUAGCGGCGAGAGAGCCGAGGCCGUAUCAGCUGCCACCCUUCUUUACUAUGGUUGGGAUAUGUCCAAGGAAAUGGCUGGAUACCGCCAGCAAGAUGCACACGAAUACUUCCAGUUCCUAGUCAAUGGUCUCCACUCCUGCACGCCCGGCCACGCCGAGAGCUACGACAAGAAAUGCACCUGUUUCUUCCAUCAGAUGUUCUACGGCGAGCUGCGCAGCAGCGUCAUGUGCCACAAAUGCGGCCAGACAACUAAUACCCACGACCCAAUGGCCGACCUAAGUCUGGACGUCCAGCUCCAGACUAAGAAGCGCAAGCUGGGUCGUGCCACUGCUGCUUCUACUGCUACUUUGAUAGGAUGCCUCGAGAGCUUCACGGCGGCUGAAGAUCUCCACGCCGAUGCACCAUAUCACUGCGAGAAGUGUGGCAACACUCCCCAGCGCGCUUCGAAGCGUUUGCAGAUCCGCAAGUUGCCUGUCAUACUGUGCAUGCAGUUGAAGCGCUAUGAACACACUUCAGCCUCGUCCGAGAAGAUGGAUGGCCAUAUUGAUUUCCCUCUGACAGUCAACAUGCUACCUUAUACCGUGAAGAAGGAUAACCAGCCUGUUGACAUGUCCAAAUACAUUUACGACCUCUCGACCGUCAUCGUUCAUCAAGGAACUAUGGACACCGGUCAUUACUUUGCCUAUACUCGUCUUGGCAGCGACAAGUGGGUACUGAUGGAUGACAACAAAGUCACUGUCGCCAGCGUUGCGGAUGUCCUUCGCCAGGACGCUUAUCUCUUGUUUUAUAGCAUUCGUUCUGUUCGCUCUGAAGGGCGACGGUAG